AUGCCCUGCCCAUCAAAGCCCAGUGACUUGGUUUUCUUUGUGAAUGGGAGGAAGGUGACAGAGAGGAAUGCGGACCCAGAAGUGACACUGCUGACCUUCCUACGAAAGAACUUACGUCUCACAGGGACCAAGUACGCCUGCGGAACAGGAGGCUGCGGCGCCUGCACUGUGAUGGUGUCGGAACAUGACCCCAUAUCCAAGAAGAUAAGGCAUGUCUCUGUCACCGCCUGCCUGGUGCCCAUCUGCUCGCUGUAUGGAGCUGCUGUCACCACCGUGGAAGGUGUUGGAAGCAUCAGAACCAGGCUUCACCCCGUGCAGGAGAGGAUUGCCAAGAGCCAUGGCACCCAGUGCGGAUUCUGCUCCCCUGGGAUGGUGAUGUCCAUGUACACGCUGCUCAGGAACCACCCACAGCCCUCAGAGGAACAGCUCAUGGAAGCCCUUGGAGGUAACCUGUGCCGCUGCACUGGGUAUCGGCCCAUUCUGGAGAGCGGGAAGACCUUCUGCGCGGAGACAAACGGCUGUCAACAGAACAGAACAGAAAAAUGCUGCUCGGACCAGGGAGAAAAUGAUUCCUCGUCCCCCGGCAGAAAGAAUGCCCUUUGCACGGAGUUAUUUUCGAAAGAGGAGUUCCAGCCUUUGGACCCUACCCAGGACCUUAUAUUCCCUCCAGAACUCUUGAGGAUGGCAGAGAACCCAGAAAAACCAACCCUGACCUUUUAUGGAGAGAGAGUGACCUGGAUCUCCCCUGGGACCCUCAAGGAGCUCCUGGAGCUGAAAGUGAGGUACCCAGAAGCCCCUGUCGUCCUGGGCAGCACCUCACUGGGACCUGCAAUGAAAUCUCAAGGACAUUUUUACCCAAUACUCCUCUCCCCUGCUAGGAUCUCUGAGCUGCGGAUGGUAACGAAAACAAGUGAUGGUCUAACGAUUGGGGCGGGCUGCAGCCUGGCCCAGGUGAAGGACAUCUUGGUUGAGAGGAUAUCUGAGCUCCCGGAGGAGAAAACCCAGACCUACCAAGCCCUCGUAAGGCACCUGCGGACUCUGGCGGGCCAGCAGAUCCGGAAUCUGGCGUCCCUAGGAGGACAUGUUAUAAGCCGCCACUGCUACUCGGACCUGAAUCCGAUUCUUGCUGUGGCCAAUGUGACUCUGAAUCUGGUAUCUGAAGACGGAGCGCGGCGGAUUCCCCUGGAUGAACAUUUCCUGGCUGGCUUGGCGAGCGCGGACCUUAAGCCGGAGGAAAUCUUGGAGUCCGUGUACAUCCCUCACUCGCAAAAGUGGGAAUUCGUGUCAGCCUUCCGACAGGCUCAGUGCCAGCAGAACGCCCUGCCCGACGUAACUGCCAGCAUGCGUGUGCUUCUCAGAGAAGGCACAGACACCGUAGAGGACCUGAGCAUUGCCUACGGAGGUGUGGGGGCCGCCCCCAUCAUGGCGCGAAAAUCCUGCCAGCAGCUCCUGGGGAGGCGCUGGAAUGAGCUGAUGCUGGAUGAGGCUUGCAGGCUGCUUCUGGAAGAAGUCCACCUCGUGGGCUCGGUUGCAGGUGGCCGGGUAGAAUUCAAGAGGACCCUGGUGGUCAGCUUCUUCUUCAAAUUCUACCUGGAGGUGUUGCAGGAGCUGAAGAAGCUGGCAAAGCUGUGCUCUGACAGCCGUCAUCAUCCCGAGGUUGCAGACCGGUUCCUAAGUGCGCUAGAAGAUUUCCCAGUCACAGUGCCCCAGGGAGUGCAAAUGUACCAGAGUGUGGAUUCUCAGCAACCUCUCCAGGAUCCAGUUGGACGCCCCAUCAUGCACCUGUCGGGUCUGAAACAUGCCACAGGCGAAGCUGAAUUUUGUGAUGACAUCCCCACGGUGGAUAAGGAACUUUUCAUGGCUUUGGUGACGAGUACCAGGGCUCACGCCAAAAUCAUUUCAAUAGAUUUGUCUGAGGCCCUCGAACUACCAGAGGUGGUUGAUGUGAUAACAGCUGAUGACAUUCCAGGCACCAACGGUGCUGAAGAUGACAAAUUACUGGCUGUGGACAAGGUACUUUGUGUGGGCCAGAUCAUCUGUGCUGUGGUUGCAGAAACAGAUGUGCAGGCCAAGCGAGCAGCUGGAAAGAUCAAGAUCACUUAUGAGGAUCUGGAGCCCGUGGUCUUCACCAUCGAGGAUGCCAUAAAACACAACUCAUUCCUAUGCCCUGAAAAAAAACUUGAACAAGGAAAUGUCGAGAAGGCAUUUGAGAAAGUGGAUCAAAUUGUUGAAGGAGAGGUCCACGUUGGCGGACAAGAGCAUUUUUAUAUGGAAACACAAAGAGUGCUUGUAAUUCCAAAGGCCGAAGACAAAGAGCUGGAUAUUCACGUGUCUACCCAGGAUCCAGCCCACGUGCAGAAAACAGUGUCGUCCACGUUAAACAUCCCCCUCAACAGGAUCACCUGUCAUGUGAAACGAGUGGGUGGAGGUUUCGGAGGGAAAGUGGGCAGGCCAGCUGUAUUUGGAGCCAUUGCAGCAGUGGGCGCUGUUAAAACUGGCCGUCCCGUUCGUCUGGUUCUUGAUCGUGAAGAUGACAUGGUAAUAACCGGGGGAAGGCACCCAUUAUUUGGAAAAUAUAAAGUGGGCUUCAAGAACAACGGGCGCAUCAAAGCUCUGGAUGUGGAAUGCUACGUUAACGGAGGAUGCACGCUGGAUGACUCGGAGCUGGUAACAGAAUUUCUCAUACUAAAGCUGGAAAAUGCAUAUAAGAUCCGCAACCUCAGGUUCCGGGGCCGAGCAUGCAUGACGAACUUACCUUCCAAUACGGCCUUCCGUGGAUUUGGCUUCCCACAGGGGACCCUGGUGACAGAAGCUUGCAUCACAGCUGUGGCAGCCAAAUGUGGCCUCCUUCCAGAACAGAUCAGGGAGAAAAACAUGUACAAAACAGUUGACAAAACCAUCUACAAACAAGCGUUCAGCCCUGAGGCCCUGAUAAGAUGCUGGGCAGAGUGCCUGGACCAGUCGUGCUUUCACAGCCGAAGAAUUCAAGUGGACGAGUUCAACAAGCAGAAUUACUGGAGGAAGAAAGGCCUUGCUGUUAUCCCCAUGAAGUUCUCGGUUGGCUUUGCUACAACCAGCUAUCACCAGGCUGCGGCACUCGUCCAUGUCUACACGGACGGGUCUGUGCUGGUCACUCACGGAGGCAAUGAACUGGGACAAGGAAUUCACACCAAAAUGCUCCAGGUGGCCAGCCGCGAAUUAAAAAUACCCAUGUCUUACAUGCACCUCUGUGAAACAAACACAGCAACCGUGCCGAACACGAUUGCCACAGCAGCGUCCAUUGGUGCAGAUGUCAAUGGCCGAGCAGUGCAGAACGCUUGUCAGGUCCUUCUGAAACGUCUUGAGCCCAUCAUUAAAAAAAAUCCAGACGGUUCAUGGAAGGACUGGAUUGGAGCUGCAUUCGAGAAACGAAUCAGUCUCUCAGCCACUGGAUAUUUCAGGGGUUACAAGGCCUUCAUGGACUGGGACAAGGGGGAAGGGGACCCAUUCCCCUACUACGUCUACGGAGCCUCCUGCUCGGAGGUGGAAAUCGACUGCCUGACAGGCGCUCACAGAAAAAUCAGAACGGACAUCGUCAUGGAUGCAUGUUGCAGUCUAAAUCCAGCUAUUGACAUUGGACAGAUCGAAGGUUCCUUCAUUCAGGGAAUGGGCCUUUACACCACCGAAGAGCUGCACUACUCCCCCGAAGGCGUCCUUCUGUCUCGGAGCCCGAAUGAGUACAAAAUUCCAACCGUCACUGACGUCCCGGAGGUGUUUAAUGUCUCCCUGUUGCCAUCAUCACAAACCCCGCUGACCAUCUAUUCAUCCAAGGGCCUCGGAGAGUCUGGAAUGUUCCUGGGAUCCUCUGUCUUCUUUGCCAUUGCCGACGCAGUGGCGGCAGCACGCAGAGAAAGAGACAUGGCCGAGGACUUCACGGUGAGGAGCCCAGCCACACCGGAGCGGGUUCGGAUGGCCUGUGCAGACCGCUUCACAGAAAUGCGCCUACACUGUCGGCCGUCAGUUAGAAGUGAGGGGAUUCGUACCCAGCUGCCACCUUCCCGCUUCAUCUCAUCGCAGGACAACGCCUCCCUGCUGAGGAGACAAGACUGUGGCAUCAUCACCCUCGUGGCAGCGCCUGAGAGGGCAGGGAUCAUAGAGGAGGUCUACGAAAGACUAACACCAGCAACAAAAACGGGCUUACUGAGAAAGUACAAGAGCGCGGACUGUGUGGGCCGCCAUAGCGGAACGCCCCAGCAAGCAUCAGAUUUGGUUGGUUACCGUCUUCUGGAUCCUACAAUCGGGCACCUGAGCUUAGAAGCGAGUUUGUAA